UAGAAAAAAACAUGGAAACUAGGUCGUUUUCCAAAUUGGUGUUUGCAUUUUGCCUGGUUUUCUGCUUGGUUUCUCAGCUGGUUCACUCUAGUGUCACCUACGACAGAAAGGCCAUCGUCAUCAAUGGUCAAAGGAGAAUUCUUUUUUCUGGUUCCAUACAUUAUCCUAGAAGUACCCCUGAUAUGUGGGAAGAUCUGAUUCUCAAGGCAAAAGAGGGAGGUCUAGAUGUGAUUGAUACCUAUGUCUUCUGGAAUGUUCACGAGCCUUCUCCUGGCAAUUACAAUUUUGAAGGAAGCAAUGAUCUGGUGAGAUUCAUAAAGACAAUACAGAAAGCUGGGCUCUAUGCUCAUCUCCGCAUUGGACCUUAUGUCUGUGCAGAAUGGAAUUUUGGAGGAUUUCCUGUUUGGCUGAAGUAUGUUCCGGGCAUAAGCUUUAGAACAGACAAUGAACCUUUCAAGAGGGCGAUGCAAGGAUUCACUGAGAAGAUUGUGGGAAUGAUGAAGAGUGAGCACCUCUUUGAAUCCCAGGGUGGCCCCAUCAUACUCUCUCAGAUUGAGAAUGAGUAUGGAGCACAGAGUAAGUUACUUGGAGCUGCUGGCCAAAAUUAUGUGAAUUGGGCUGCAAAAAUGGCUGUAGAGAUGGGAACUGGAGUCCCUUGGGUGAUGUGUAAGGAAGAUGAUGCGCCAGAUCCAGUGAUAAACACGUGCAAUGGCUUCUAUUGUGAUAAGUUUACUCCCAAUAGACCCUAUAAGCCUUCACUUUGGACAGAGGCUUGGAGUGGCUGGUUUACGGAAUUUGGAGGUCCAAUUCACAAAAGACCUGUCCAGGAUUUGGCAUUUGCAGUUGCUCGAUUUGUAAUAAGAGGAGGGUCCUUUGUAAACUACUACAUGUAUCAUGGAGGAACCAAUUUUGGACGAACUGCUGGAGGUCCUUUCAUCACUACCAGUUAUGACUAUGAUGCUCCAUUAGAUGAAUAUGGUUUGAUUAGGCAGCCAAAAUAUGGUCAUCUAAAGGAGCUUCAUAAGGCCAUCAAGAUGUGUGAGCGAGCUUUGAUUUCAACUGACCCAAUUGUUACUUCAUUAGGGGCCUCCCAACAGGCUCAUGUUUACUCUACGGAAUCUGGAGAUUGUGCUGCUUUUCUCUCAAACUAUGAUGCAAAAUCCGCUGUUAGAGUGAUGUUCAAUAAUAUGCACUAUAACUUACCUCCUUGGUCUGUCAGCAUCCUCCCUGAUUGUAGAAAUGUUGUCUUCAAUACAGCAAAAGUUGGAGUGCAAACAUCUCAGAUGCAAAUGUUGCCAACAAAUACUCAGAUGUUCUCAUGGGAAAGUUUCGAUGAAGAUAUUUCUUCUCUGGAUGACAGCUCAACAAUCACUGCUGCUAAUCUCCUGGAACAGAUUAAUGUAACACGGGAUACAAGUGAUUAUCUUUGGUAUAUAACUAGUGUUGAUAUAGGUUCCUCCGAGUCCUUUCUACGUGGAGGUGAACUCCCCACUCUCAUUGUUCAGUCUACAGGCCAUGCUGUGCAUGUUUUCAUCAAUGGUCAACUUUCUGGUUCUGCCUAUGGAACAAGGGAGUAUAGGAGAUUCACAUAUACUGGAAAGGUAAACCUUCGUGCUGGAACAAACAGAAUAGCUCUGCUCAGUGUUGCCAUCGGACUUCCUAACGUGGGAGAACAUUUUGAGACAUGGAGCACAGGAGUCCUAGGUCCAGUUGCACUCCAUGGACUUGACCAGGGAAAGUGGGACUUGUCCUGGCAGAAAUGGACUUACCAGGUUGGGCUGAAAGGAGAAGCCGUGAAUCUCGCCUCUCCAAAUGGUAUCUCUUCGGUUCAGUGGAUGCAGUCAGCAAUAGUUGUACAAAGAAAUCAACCAUUGACAUGGCAUAAGACUUAUUUCAAUGCUCCUGAAGGAAAUGAACCAUUGGCAAUAGAUAUGGAGGGUAUGGGUAAAGGUCAAAUAUGGAUUAAUGGACAAAGUAUUGGAAGAUACUGGACUGCAUUUGCUACUGGUAAUUGCAAUGACUGCAACUAUGCUGGUUCAUUUAAACCUACAAAGUGCCAAUUUGGUUGUGGCCAACCAACCCAGCGAUGGUACCAUGUUCCUCGAUCUUGGUUGAAGCCAACUCAAAAUCUAUUGGUUAUUUUCGAGGAACUUGGGGGAGAUCCUUCAAAAAUUUCACUUGUUAAGAGAUCAGUGAGCAGUGUCUGUGCUGAUGUGUCAGAGUACCACCCAAAUAUUAAGAACUGGCACAUUGAGAGCUAUGGUAAGUCAGAAGAGUUCCAUCCACCAAAGGUUCACUUGCAUUGUAACCCUGGCCAGACCAUCUCUUCCAUUAAAUUUGCAAGCUUUGGAACUCCUUUGGGAACUUGUGGGAAUUAUGUGCAAGGAGCUUGCCAUUCCCCCGCAUCCCAUGCCAUUUUAGAGAAGGUACUCUACCAUACCAAAUGUACAGGAAAACCAAGAUGCACAGUCACUGUAUCAAACAGCAACUUUGGGCCAGACCCAUGUCCGCAGGUGUUGAAAAGGUUAUCAGUUGAAGCUAUAUGCACUCCAACAGCUAUAAAUUGGAAGGGUUGAUAGAGUAAGGAAGCACCCUUUUAAGUGUAAUGUGUAGUGACUUAAACCACAAGAAAAAGGAAUGAAUAAUAAAAGGAGUACAGGUAAAGUUAAAGGUAGAUCAAUAGGUUGAGUGUCAU